UCUCCAGCAGCACAACUUUCCCUCCACACUUUACUUUAUCACCCUUUCCCGAGGCAGAGCGGGCUAACAUGCUGCACCCGUGAGCAGAACUCUCCAUCAUCCGGUGUAUUUUUAUUAUUAUUACUAUUUAUUGCGUUCAAGAAACCAACAGGUGACCCGCGUGAUGCCCAGCAAAUCUCUGCGCCCUCGGCUCUGCGUCCUGGAGAAGGGCGACACCGGCUACGGUUUCCACCUGCACGGGGAGAAGGGCAAAACCGGGCAGUUCAUCCGCCUGGUGGAGCCCGAAUCCCCAGCUGAGAUGUCCGGUUUGCGCGCUGGAGACCGGCUGGUGUUCGUGAACGGAGCUCGGGUGGAGGCCGACAGCCACCAGCAGGUCGUGGCGCGGAUCCGGGAGAGCACCGGGAGCCUGGAGCUCAUAGUGGUGGAUGUGGACACCGAUCAGCUACUGAGAAAACACGAGCUGCGGUGCGAUGAAGAGUUCGUCACGGAGGGAAUCCCGGUGGCUGAGGAUGAACCGGAGAUCGGAAGGGAGGACACGGAGCGGGAGGACACGCCGCCGCCGGUGCCCGAGAGGAACGGAGAGAUCAUCCCGGUGUUCAUCCCCGCGCUGGAGAAACACCGGACAUCCGUCAGCUCAGACACGGACCUGAAGCCCGAGCUCAGACCGCGGCUCUGCGUCAUUAAGAAAGGCUCCAAUGGCUUCGGUUUUAACCUGCACAGUGAGAAAUCCAGACCAGGACAGUUCAUCAGAGCCGUAGAUGAAGACUCGCCGGCAGAGAGAUCCGGACUCAGGCCCAGAGACCGCAUCAUACAGGUGAACGGUGUUUCAGUGGAGGGGAAGCAGCAUGCGCAGGUGGUGUCUGCGAUUAAAGCCGGCGGUGAGGAAACAUCACUCCUGGUUGUAGACCCAGAGACAGAUGCUUUCUUCAAGAAGUGUCGAGUGUCGCCGACCGCUGAACACCUCACAGGAGCGCUGCCUGAACCGCUGCUCAACGGAGACAUGGACGACAAGGUCAAUGGAAACAGAGACGUGGAGCUGAAGGAGUCAAAGUUAUCAGUGAGUCCGUCUCCAUCCAGCGCCUCUUCCAACACCUCCCUCACGACUCCGCCCACUGAGACUCCACCCCCUGAGGCCGUGGAGGCGUCCAUCAUGGAUGCAAUCCCGGAACUCAGUCUGUCUCUCCAGCAGGUGAAAGAGCGAGCGCACCAGAAGCGCUGUAAUAAGAGAGCGCCCCCUAUGGACUGGAGCAAGAAAAAUGAACUCUUCAGUAACCUAUAGACCUUUAUCCAUCCGUCCAUCAGCUCUGUUUUAAAGGCCCCUACACCAGUGUUUCCCAACCCUGUUCCUGGAGGCACACCAACAGUACAUAUUUUGGAUGUCUCCCUUUUCUGACCCAUUAACUUCAGGUUUUAGAGUCUCUUCUGAUGUUAUGAUAAGUUGAUUCAGGUGUGUUUGAUUAGGGAGAGGUUGAAAAUGUGGACUGUUGGUGUGCCUUCAGGAACAGGGUUGGGAAACACUGCCCUACACAACUGAUAUGAAUCACUAUAACUUCAUCUCCAGCAACACCACUAGGCAAUACAUUUCUAUUUAUUAGAGGCACAUGCUAGUUUGGUCACCUGCCACUUUAAAUGUAAAAUAAAUAAAUAAAUGGAUGACUUCCAAUAACAUCAUUCAUUUAAAGGGAUAGUUCACCCAAAAAUUGAAAUUAUACUCACUAUUUACUCACAAUCAAGUGUUUAUAAACCUUUAAUAGCUUCCUUUUUUGCUGUCGAACACAAAAGUAGACAUUUUGAAGAGCGCUGAAAACCAUAGAAGAAAAAACAAUAUGGUCAACAUUCUUCAAAAUAUCUUCUUCUGUAUUUAACAGAAGAAAACACUCAUAAACGCUUUGAAACAAGGAUG